CAAUCACCAACCAAUCGAGCGGCUAUCAUUGCCAACAGCUCCGGUCGUCAAGCAUGUUCCAGCGUCGAGUGAUCGCGAGUGCCAACGCCGUAGAGCGCGUGGCCAGCAACCGCCAGAUCCGCCGCAAGACACGCCACCCGGCCAACCUUCGUGCACUGCAGCGCCAGCCUCAGGAGGAGGUGGUCGUGCCGCCGCUCAAGUACGAACCGACGUAUGUUCCGGAGAAGGUGAGCUUCAAUGGCUGGUCCCCAGCCCCAGAGGCGCCGCUGCCUGGCCUGCCGUUCCACGUGAAGCGUACAGCUGUGGGCCUGCAGCUUCCAGUGUACAGGGACUUUAGAAACGGCCGCACGCGCGUGCUGACUAUCCUGCGCCGCUACAAGGGCGACGAGCAGGAGCUGCGUGACGAGAUGUCCAAGGUGUGUCAAGGCAAGGAGGUGAUCGUGCGUCCGGGCCGCUUGGAGGUCGUGGGCGACCACGCUAGCGACAUCCGCAAGUGGCUUGUGGGUCUGGGCUUUUAAAAGAAGAAGAGUCUGAUAAAAACAUAGACAACAGACUUUGUUUUGGUAAGAAACAGAAUCAAUCGGGUCCUUGUCAAUGGAAAUUCGUGUUUUAUUGCAGACUGUUACAACGAGUGCAUUCCGUACACAUCGGCAACUACGUUGUUAAGAAUAUCAGACACACUGACAUCUGAGCACGCGACGAGGAUCAGAUCCUUCUCAAUAGGCAAGAAGUACGGGAACGUAGCGCG